AUGAGCGAGGGCGAGCCCAACAGCCCGCACGACUACUUCAGUUUGCGCAUCCCGCAUCAACCCACAGAGGCCGCACUGGGUACGACGACUGCAACAUCCACUUCCACAUCAUCGACGCGACCUCGAGCCACGCAUGAGGACCCAUUCACUCCGACCACCCGUCACGAGCUGGACUUUAGCAGUCCAUCGCCAAUUGCCUACGAUACUCUCCCCGUCAUCAGCCACUCGUCACACUCACGAUCCCCCUCUGCUACAGGUCUACACCUCCAGACCGACCUGACCAGCCCCGCCGCCAUCACUCCUCCAAUCCCAAGUCCCUCUCUAGCGCACCACUCUUUCGACAACCACUACUCUACAAGUCUGGAUCCCACAAGCGCUGGGAGUUGGAGUGGCAUUCGCCGCGCCCUCUCCAACGCUUCAAUGGCAAGUUCGCUGUCGCCUGGAUCCGCAUACUCGUCGCCGGCCUUGAAUGCCUUGCUUGACAUCACUCCUCUUCCCUCGCCGCUGAUGUUGGGCGAAUCUCCUGAGAAAUAUAAACGCGCUCGUCCUGAAUCACAAGGGUCUCUCGCCUCCGCUAGCGAUUUUCUGUCCACGAAUUCGAUCGGGCGGUCCGCCAGCAAGAAGAAGUACCAUGGUCUUAUGCCUGCCGCCGUCGAAGCUGCCAGUGUACAGGCUGGUCGCCAAAGAGACGCAAGUCUGGGCCAUACGAGAAAUCGCAGCUUGAGCGAAUACGUCCCUCCUCAGCUGACAAACAAUAUGCGGCCUCGAAACGUCACGCUGUCUGGCCAUAAGCCGGAGGAUACAGAAACUCCGGAGAAGCCACAAAUGCACCGCGAGGAAUAUCUUGCCCACCAAAGAGGUCUGGCACCAACUUCACCCAAAAAAGUCUCCGCCGCAGACCUUCCCACCCCGCCGCCUAGCAAUCGAAGUACAACUGAGAGCGAAGAGGAGGAAGCCAAGGACGAUGGACCGUUGAUUGAAUAUCUGUCGAUCCGGCAUGGUCCGUCAAGACGUGUCAAGCUCUACAGACCAGUUCGCCCUCUCGGCCAAGGUACAUUCAGCAAAGUAAUACUUGCCACGUCCGAAAAGCAGGCUGCGAAGGGCCCUCUCGACGAGGCGACUCUUGAUCCCAAACAGCUCGUAGCCAUAAAGAUCGCACAGAAUGGGCCUGCUGGAGGCGCAGAUGAGGAGCGCAUUGGGCUCAGUCUUAAGCGUGAAAUUGAAAUGCUGCAGAGCAUAUCCCACCCGGCACUCAUUCACCUCAAAGCAUACGAUCGGAACGAGUCGCAGACGCUACUAGUCCUGACAUAUUGUCCUGGUGGCGACCUUUUCGAUCUUGCCAGCUCGAACCGCGACAUUCUCUCCCCUGCGCUCGUCCAGCGCAUUUUCGCCGAGCUCGUUUCCGCAGUGUACUACUUACAUACAGAGCUCAUCGUGCACCGCGAUAUCAAGCUUGAAAACGUCCUCUGCAACAUCACUGCUCCGGAACUCUCCUCUCUUCCCUCUCCAAGGACACAUCCCACGCCCCUUAUCACCCUCACUGAUCUUGGUCUCUCCCGACGCAUCCCUCUUCCGCCCGCCUCGCCACUUCUAGAAACCCGGUGUGGCUCUGAAGACUACGCUGCGCCCGAGAUCCUGCUCGGCCAGCCUUACGACGGCCGCCAGACAGACGCAUGGGCGCUCGGCGUUCUUCUAUACUCCCUCAUCGAAGGUCGGCUACCUUUUGAUCCGCCUCCCGGCAAACAGGGGAGAAGCAGAGGACGCACUGCGCAUCGCGUCGCCCGAUGCGAAUGGGGCUGGUGGCGUUUCGGAGACGAGGACGGGGAGUGGGACGAUACGAAUACGGCUGGCAUUGAAUGGCUUGAGGCGAGGAGAGUUGUAGAGGGCCUGUUGAAGAAAGUGUCGAGAGGGCGAUUAGGGCUAGAUGCCGUCAAGGAGAUGCAGUGGGUGAAAGACGGUAUCCAGGUCGAUGGUGGAAUGAGGAGGAGAGAGGAAGACUUACUAAGUAUCGAUGACACCGUGGAUAUGGUUGCAAGAGGGGAUGGUGGGAGACGGUAG